ACUGACAAUCAAAAAUUCUUAGCAACGGAUAAAUUGUCAGUUUAGACGAUUGCAAGAAAACCUUACAAUUUCAUUGCCAGACAAUUGUGGGACAAUAAAUUUAUCUGCCAACAAAAAUUGUCAGUUUACACUAUUGGCAGGUUGUUGUAUGGCAAAAGUUGCCAGAUUCGUAGUUGGACAUUGUCAGAACUGUCAAACGAAAAUUGAAGUCUCAAUAAAAAAUUUGAAUUUGUCAAAAAUUUGUGUGUUUUGUUUAAAUUAAUUUAAUUAAAAAUAAAGAAUUUGUGUGUUUUCAUUAAUUUAAAAACAAUGGUACAAAAAAAAAUAUAUUGCAACUAUUUAAGCUGCAUAUGUUCUCGAAAGCAGCGAGGACGAAGACAAAAAAACAAAAAGGCGCCGCAAAAUGUGGGUGAAGGAUUGGGUGCUUCAUCGUGAGCAGGAGGGCUUUCACGCUAAAUUGCUCAUUAAAUUACGAAGUGAAGAGCCGGAAUUGUAUAGCAGUUUUUUACGAAUGGACUCCGAUCAAUUUGAUCAUCUGCUUAAUUUGGUGACUCCAUAUAUACAAAAACAGGACACCAACAUGCGAAAAAGUAUUUCGGCAGAUGAGCGACUGGUCUUAACCCUGCGAUACCUAGCUACUGGAGAAAACUUUCGGUCACUGCAGUACCUUUUUCGUAUUCCAGCGUCAACAAUAUCGAAAAUAAUCCCGGAAGUUUUAGAUGCAAUUUACAUAGUGCUGGUUGAUGUGUAUUUGGAGACACCAAAAGAAGCAGAUGCUUGGGAAGCCAUUGCUGGCAAAUUCAAUGAUUUGUGGCAAUUUCCUAACUGCAUUGGAGCGGUAGACGGGAAACAUAUAGUAAUGGAUGCACCGGCCAAUUCUUGCAGUAUUUUUUAUAAUUAUAAGGGCACGCACAGCAUUAUACUAAUGGGCAUUGCUGACGCGGAGUAUAGGUUUCUAUACAUUGACGUAGGACGUAACGGCCGAUUUUCUGAUGGCGGCGUUUUUAAUCGGUGCACUUUUGGUCAAGCGUUGGAUACUAACCAACUUUGUUUACCACCUCCUAAGGCAUUACCCGGACGACAACAACAUGUUCCGUAUGUACUCGUUGCCGACGAUGCAUUUGCUUUGAGAUGUAAUCUUUUAAAGCCGUACAGCCAACGCGGCCUCACAAUGGUGCAACGUGUAUUCAAUUAUCGACUAAGUCGUGCACGCCGCAUCAUAGAAAAUGUGUUUGGCAUAAUGAGCUCCCGUUUCCGUGUACUCCGCAAACCGAUAAGCCUGAAUCCGGAAAAAACAAUUAAAGUGACACUUGCGUGUUGCGUUAUCCACAACUUUUUAAUAACAACAAAUAAAAAAAGUAUGCGCCGGCUAAUGCAUUUGACCGUUACGAUGGCAAUGGUGAACUUAUUCCUGGUGAAUGGCGUAGUGAGAAAGCGGCGGGAAUUUCAAUGUAUUCAUUGCAACCACCACGUACUGAUGGUGUCCACACCAAAGAUAUUAAAAAAGAAUUUACAGACUAUUUUGUGGAAGAAGGUGAACUGGAUUUUCAGUACACACAAAUAACGCGACAAUAAGCAUACACACACACAUAACUAAACUUUAAUACACAUAAGUACAAUUAAUUAAUUACACCCGUUAUAUUUUAUCUUAUAACAAUAUUUAUAACUGAACUUUAAUAAACAUGAAUACAAUUUAUUA